CGCAGCGGCCGGCAGCAUGAUCCGACGGGCGGGGGACGCCGCGGGCCCCAUUCCAGAUGCUGGCAAAGGAGGGGGCAAGGAAGAAGCGGAGGAAGGUGGCAUGGGGCUCUGCCAGCCUGCCGCCCAGAAGAACUGCCUUCCCCGUCGUGGCCUCAGCAUCUUGGAGAAGCUCGUGAGAACGUGCCCCGUGUGGCUGCAGCUGGGGCUGGGCCGAGCAGAAGCGGCCCAGAUCCUGAAACAGGAGGUGGCCGGGAUGUUCCUGGUCCGCAAGGACAGCGGCUCCAAGCACCUGGUGCUCUGCGUCCACUUUCCUUCCCGGGGCGAAGGCUCGCCGGAGGUGCUGGAGUACACCAUCAAAGAAGAAAAGUCCAUCCUGUACCUGGAAGGUUCUGUCCUUGUGUUUGAGGACGUCUUCAGACUGAUCUCCUUCUACUGCGUCAGCAGAGACUUACUGCCCUUCACGCUGAGGCUCCCCCAGGCCAUCCUGGAGGCUCAAAGCUUCACAGACCUGGAGACCAUCUCCAACCUGGGCCUGGGCUUCUGGGACUCCUCCCUGAACUCCAGGCCAGCGGCGGGGAGCCCAGCGGAACCCCACAGAGAGCCGGCCCCCACCUCGUCCCCAGCCACCAGCCUCAGGCCCACGGCCCACACCUCGAACUGCUCCUGCGAAGUCCGGCUGGCUGUGGGCAACGACCGCCUGUGGUUUGUGAACCCCAUUUUCAUCGAGGACUACGGGGGCACCCCACCCGUGAACCUUCCACCUCCUGGAAGCUUUCCCGUGAGCCUGCUGCCUCCCACCUCCAACGCUACCUCACCGCCCUCCCAGAGGACCCCUCGCAGACCCCCUCCCCCACCCCCACCCCUACCCUCUGGACCCCCUGUCACUCCCUCAGGCCCAGCCCGGCCUCCUCCCCCUCCGAUCCCUGCUCCUGCUCCCUCCUGCACUCCACCCCUUCCUACUCCAGUGGGUGCUACCCCACACACCCCAGAAGCCCUCCCUCUCCCACCACCCAUCUCUGCCCCCCACACCAAAGCUCAUGCCCCCAAUCCCCCUGGCCUUCCGAGCCUGCCACCCACGACAGCCUGUGAGAGGCUCCCGCGCCCCGCCCCGGACCUGGGCCCCCUCAGGGAGAGAGAGCUAAGGUGGGGGGCCGCCCCUCCACUGCCCGCCAAGAAGGGCCUGCCUGCCGCCCCUCCCCGGCGCCACCUAUCCCAGAGAUUCUCCCUGGAAGAGCUUGGCUCCAGGAAGGGGUCAGAGGGGGACCACCAGGGCCCCUCCAGGGCCACCUCUCUCAGCCUGCCUCCCCACGGGACCUCAGACAGUGCUGGGGACAGGCCUCAGAAGACCACGGAGCAGGGCCAGGAAGCAGAGGCCAGAGCCGGUGGCCUGGGCAGCAUGCGGGAGCCACCAAGGAAGGCUAAGCAGCCCCCAGUGCCGCCCCCCAGGAAGAAGCGCAUCUCCAGGCAGCUGGCUGCAAGCCCCGCGGAGAAGGCCCAGCUGUCAGCAGAGAAACCUGCCCCCCAUGCUGAUGGCCAGGCUGGUGCCCACCCACAUAGUCCCCCAGAGGCAACAGGCUCCCUGCCUUCCCUCUCAGACAGCCUGGGCGUUCCCGCCUCAGCCGGAGACCAGGACUCCUACUCCACCAGCAGCACCGAGGAGGAGCCCGAGCCGUUCAGCAGCCCCCAUGUGAAGACCAAGCCGGCCAUGCUCCUGGACAAGGCUCGGCACCGCCUGAGCCUGGCCAGUUUCACCAGCGUCUUCCACGCCUUCCUCUCCAACAACCGCAAGCUGUACAAGAAGGUGGUGGAGCUGGCGCAGGACAAGGCUGCGUACUUCGGCAGCCUGGUGCAGGACUACAAGGUCUACAGCCUGGAGAUGAUGGCGCACCAGGCCUCCAGCACUGAGAUGCUGCAGGAGAUCCGCACCAUGAUGACCCAGCUCAAGAGCUACCUGCUGCAGAGCACCGAGCUGAAGGCCCUAGUGGACCCCAGCCUGCACACACAGGAAGAGCUCGAAGCGAUUGUGGAGUCGGCCCUGUACAAAUGUGUCCUGAAGCCGCUGAAGGAAGCCAUCGACCUGUGCCUGCGUGAGAUUCACAGCAAGGACGGCUCGCUGCAGCAGCUCAAGGAGAACCAGCUGGUCAUCCUGGCCACCACCACCACUGACCUGGGCGUGACCACCAGCGUGCCCGAGCUGCCCGUCCUGGAGAAGAUCCUGCAGAAGUUCGCCAGCAUGCACCAGGCCUACUCGCCCGAGAAGAAGAUCGCCAUCCUGCUCAAGACCUGCAAGCUCAUCUACGACUCCAUGGCCCUCGGCAACCCAGGCAAGCCCUACGGGGCCGACGACUUCCUGCCCGUGCUCAUGUACGCGCUGGCUCGCAGCAACCUCACGGAGAUGCUGCUCGAUGUGGAGUACAUGAUGGAGCUCAUGGACCCCGCGCUGCAGCUCGGGGAAGGUUCCUACUACUUGACCACCACCUACGGGGCCCUGGAGCACAUUAAAAACUACGACAAGAUCACAGUGACCCGGCAGCUGAGCGUGGAGGUGCAGGACUCCAUCCACCGCUGGGAGCGCCGGCGCACGCUCAACAAGGCGCGCGCCUCCCGCUCUUCCGUGCAGGACUUCAUCUGUGUGUCCUACCUAGAACCGGAGCAGCAGUCCCGGACGCUGGCGUCUCGGGCAGACACCCCAGCCCAGGCACUGUGCGAACAGUGUGCCGAGAAGUUCGAGGUGGCCCAGCCCCAGGAUCACCGGCUCUUUGUGCUGGUGGACGGCCGCUGCUUCCAGUUGGCGGAUGAGGCGCUGCCCCACCACAUCAAAGGCUAUUUGCUUCGGAGUGAGCCCAAGCUGGACUUCCACUUCGUGUACCGGCCCCUGGAUGGUGGCGGGGGCAGCGAGGGUCCUCCCUGCCUCAUCGUGCGGGAGCCCAACUUCCUCUGAGGCCCCAUACCUGAUGGCAGUAGUUACAGAGACUGGCUGUGGGGCACAGGCUCACCCUUGCUCACCCCUGCUACUCACCCACAGCCAUGCUCACUCAUACAUGUACUUGUCCCUGCAUCUGAUCACAUACACCGGUGCAUAUGACAGGGCACACACAUUCCCAGGAGGGAUACCAACACGUCACACAUGCACACAACCCACUGAGCAAGCACAGGCCAACCUCCAGGACAAUUGUGAAAAAUGAAGCUGCAGCCAAAGAUGCUUCCUGAGGGAAAGUCAUAGCACUGAGAGCCGCCGAGGCCAAUGUCUUCACUAGCCAAAAAGGGACAUGGAAGCCCAGAGAGGAAAGGGACUCUCCAGCCAGUGCAGCAAACAAAGCCCUCACUGCCCCUGCUCACACAUGGCCAUCCCUCUGCCCAGCCCCACCCUCAGCCCCCUGAGGAAGACCAUGCACUUGGUUUCCCCAGGACUGGCCACUGCUGCAUCCUCCUCCUCCAGGCUGGAGCUGGGAUAUUUUCAAUCACUCAGGAGCACAUCUCAGGGAGUGUGUUGGGGAGACAGCCCCCCUGCAUGGAGCCUGCCCUCUGCAACCAGUGCUUAGCACCCCUACAGAGCAUCCCCUCUCGCCCCCCCCCCCCCGCCCCUGAGCAGCCAGCACACACCAGGACCUCCAAGUGAGGCCAACUAUCUGGAUACAUGGAUGAGUCAUGCCUGGACCACAGGGCUGUGGAAAGUGCCCUGCCCCUGGGGGCAGGAGGUGCUGUGGGGCAGUUCAAUAAAAGCCCUUUUGAAAAUAGCA